CCAAGGGUGACCUCCCGCCUCACAUUAGGUAUACUCUCGCAGUUCUCCUCUACGCGACACUUGCAUCGUUGUAUAUCUAUAUCUAUAUCUAUAUAGUCCAGUGUGUGUUUUAUACCAACAUGCAGAUGCUCGGACGUUUCUUGAUGCGAUUCCCGCAUUCGCUCCUCAUCUUCUUCUACCGAGUAUGCUUGAACGCUCACCUCGUCAACGAAUACUUGCUUUCGGCGGUCGAGCCGAGAAGAAACGUGACGGAGAUCAUUUUCAAACGCCAGUGAUCGCCGAUCGGUAAUAAGUACUCAGUGCAUUGUGUGUGUGUGUUUUAAUAACGAGAAAAGCAACAUGUCAGUGGCGUCGUUUCUUACGAGGGACUCGCUCUCGCGAUUCGAGCGGGAGAGCUCCUACUCUAGUGUCUGCUCGUCCUCGUCCUCGUCCUCGUCCUCGUCCUCGUCCUCGUCCUCGUCCUCGUCCUCGUCUUCGUCGUCGGCGAGUUCUGCCAAGUUUUCUUCCGACGAUGCCCAGAGUUUCAGUUCCAGAAGCACCAUCGUAGCAGCCAAGCCUCGACCGUUUGGCUUACCGGAAUACAACUACUUCUGGAUCGAAAAUGAAUCAAAAACCGACUCCAAGCUGUCGUAUUACUACAACUACAAGAGCAAUAGCGUGGUAUGGCAACGACCAUGUCCGAAAGAUGUUCCUCUUCCAUUCUACAAAAAAACUUGGGGUUACGUAGAGCCAAAUUUGUCAGGCAACAAUGAAGAUGCAAUGGUUUCAGACCCAGAAAAUGAAGUGCAGAGGAGAAAGCGCAUAAACGUGAGGCAGAGAAAUAAGAGACUCAUGGAGGAAGAACUGAGGAAUGCUAUAGAAAUUGUAGAAGUUAAAAAAGUUAUCAAAAGUAGAAGGGCAUUGGAUACUUUUUGGAAGCUCUACAGACUUCCUGGAGAAUCUCUGAUGGAUGUGAAAAAAAGGUUGCUCGAUUCAUCAGCCUUUGCAGUCAGAGUAAAAGAAGAAAUGCCUGAUGUCAAGAACUGCAAUGGGGAUACCUUGAUGACGUCUAUUAAACAAGAGCCUUCGUUCAACAACCUUGAUUAUUCUGUCCACGAUCAAUCACAUGAUCAAACCAUCAAAACUCUGCAUGAAGAUUCUGAUUCGGAUCCGGAGAAUGUCAGUUAUCUUAUCAAACAGGAGUAUUUAACGAAUUAUAAUGUCGAGGACUCUGAAGAGGAAUAUGCAAAGCAAAUUGAAGAGUAUGAAAAUGAAGUUCCUGAAGAAUAUCAAAAAGAUAAAAACAAUGAGAGUGAGAUAGAAUCAGAAGAUACCACAGAAAGUGAAGAUGAACAUCAACACGAAGUUUAUGGAGUAGAGAAUCCUCCUGAAAAUUCUAACAAUUCAUUGAAGACUCAGGAAGAAUGCGAGCAGGACGAAAUAGAUAAUUUUGAAUACACCUACGAAGCGCCAUGUUUGUUCACAGACUUGUUUGAAGUAGAAAUUGACGAGGACGACAGAGAAAACAUUUUUGAGCCCCCAGAGACACUUGUUGAGAAUAGUUUGCCUGAACAAGAUGUGAAUUGGAAUUUUAAAUCAACUUCAGGAAACCCUGCAUUCACUCAAUCUCUACUGGAUUCCAUCUAUGGAGCUCCGAAGCUCAAGGAACUCACAAGCAAAGGUUUACAAUUCAAGAAGAAAAAUAAAAUUAAAUGCAAUAGAAAGAAGGCAGCAAUGAAUAAAAUCAAGACAGAGCCAGCUGAGGUCGUGCAACCGGUAGUAGUACAAGAUCCGAACACUCAGGGCAUCGUUUGUGACAUGUACGGUACGCGGACAGUCAACUACAAUUAUCCACCUACGAUGAAGAUGUCAAAGGGGCGGGAGAUCACAAAGUUGAGCGACAACAGCGACUCUGAGUACGAGCCUCCAAUUCGCAAAAUUAAGCAAGAAGUGGUCAGUCCCAACGAAGACAGCUCGUCAAACGUCCCCAAGUCAACGCCCGCAGCAGAAAAGAACGACAAUAAUCCAUUGAAAUUAACCAGCUGGUUCCCCAACCGCAAGCGAAAAGCGAAUACCGGCAAUUCCGACGAAUCCUGGCACGGCUCGAACGCGUCUGAAAUGGAUUCCGACUUGGAAGAGUUCGAUCAGAAGUCGAGAAUCAGAUACAUGAAAAUAAAGAAGGAAAAAGGUUUGCCCGAACCACCGAUUCCAAAGUCAACAAUGAAGCAGAUUAAAAUAAAGAGAGAGAAACUAUCGCCCGAACCGGAGAAUAACGAAGCGAGCUAUUCUCGUCCACCCGAUAACAGCUUGGCCAUCGCUAUUGGGUCUAUCAAGCGGGAAGCGAGAUCACGCUCAUCUAGCUGGGAGGCGAAGGAAUCCGAAAUUCCGGAGUCGAUGACCUCAACGUUGCUGCUGGACUCAAGCGUAGCGAAAGUCGAGAUGUGCUCGCCGGUUUUCGAGAUGGACCCGCUCGCCACAGGCGUCGUGAUAGAGCCGGAGAAGAACGCCGAUGCAGGCUCGGACUCGGACUCGAGUUCAUCCUCGAACUCGUGCUCGUGUUCACGAUCAUCGUGCUGUGGAUCCUCCAGCUCGAGCAGCAGCGACGAAGGUGGCGACGACGCCAAGGAAGUUAAGAAGGAAGAUUCGUAAAAUCGCUAUGUGUCGUAAGAUUGUUUGAGUCUUUUUUUUUGAGACUAUAAAUCAACUAUUUUGUUUUUUAUUUUUUUCUACGACGAUGAGGUAACCGACUUACUACGCCUUUCAUAAAGUUACGAAAUAUUUUAGUUUUACGCAAUUUCAAUUGCAACGCGAUCAGUUCUUUUUAUUCUUUAUUGACCUUUGAUAAUGUUUAAUUUAUAUCUUAAAAGUUAAUGAUGUACAGCCUAUCAGAUUCUGAUUGCCAUGUUUCUAUGUAAAAAGAAGGCAAUACAUUUUUUCACUAUUUUUCAAAAA